AACAUUAACCUCCCGUUUUAAAAGAGGCGAAAACAAUGCAAGCUCUUCUGGGAAAUGUAGUCAUCCUGUAAGGGGGUUAAAGCCACAUCCUGUCAGAGCGAAGCAGACCGGAAAAACUACAUUUCCAACAAUGCGACCUGGCCAGCUGACUGUUGAACGGCAGUCCCACAGCUGUAAGAGUUAGUUGGAGGGUGAGAAAGAAAUAAACAACAUUUAAUAAUCUCAGAGAAGAAGAGGGCUGGCGGUGAUUUGAAGCAGCAUGUCUGAAUAUCCGCCCUUCCAGUAUGGCAAGUCUCGUUUCGACCAGAACACGUUUUUUGGCCGGUUCAGGCACUUCUUGGACGUGAUUGACCCCAGCACGCUCUUUGUGACAGAGAAACGGCUGCGGGAGUGCGUCGAGCUGCUUGACCAUUUCAAGCAAGGAACUCUGCCUCUGGGAGUGACGGAUGCUCAGCUUUGGCAAGCCCAGAAAACAAAGCAGGCCAUCAUCCACCCCGACACAGGGGAGAAGAUCCUCAUGCCUUUUCGGAUGUCAGGUUUUAUCCCGUUUGGCACACCAGUGGUUGUUGGCCUCCUCCUCCCUAAUCAAACACUCGCGUCUACCAUCUUCUGGCAGUGGUUGAACCAAAGUCACAAUGCCUGUGUUAACUACAGCAACCGCAAUGCCUCCAAGCCAGCUCCAGCUUCCAAGUUCCUGCAGGGAUACCUUGGGGCGGUUACCAGUGCAGUGUCCAUUGCUGUUGGGUUAAACGUUUUAAUCCAGAGAGCGAGCCGCUUCAGCCCAACCACCAGGCUUUUGGUGCAGAGGUUCAUCCCCUUCCCAGCAGUGGCGAGUGCAAAUGUCUGCAACGUGGUGCUCAUGAGACACUCUGAGCUGUCAGAGGGCAUCAGCGUGCUCGACAACAAUGGCAACGUGGUGGGAACAUCAAGAGUAGCUGCCAGGCAUGCACUCUUGGAGACAGCCCUGACCAGAGUAGUCAUGCCCAUGCCAAUCCUGGUGCUUCCUCCCCUGAUCAUGUCUGCACUGGAAAAGCUCCCUCUCCUGCAGAGACAAAAGAGGCUCGUCCUGCCUGUCCACAGUCUCGUGUGUCUCGCUGCCUUCAGCCUGGCUCUGCCGCUUGCCAUCAGUUUGUUUCCACAGAUGUCGCAGAUCAGUGUAGAUCAGCUGGAGCCAGAGAUUGCCAUGGCAACCGAUUGUAAGAUUGUGACAUACAAUAAAGGACUUUGAGUGAUCGCUACCAAAACUGAAAUGUGAAGAAAGGACGCGCAGCUCGUCAUGGCUCGAGCCGCCCCGACGCUGCCAGGGAAUUAAUUGUGUCAAAUUUGGCUGUUGCUGCAGUGGCUUUAGCACACGUUUGGACAACAACAGCUGAUACGAAGAAUCAGCAGCAACAGUGAUAAGAAAAUAUGUAUCACAACACGAGGAGACAAUGCCAAACAAGUGCAUUUUGAGGGUAACAGCCCCGUUAGCUUGAUUAAUUAGGUUAACAAAACCCAUAAGCUUGCUUGGUUCCUUGCAGCUUUUUCCACAAUGAACAGACCGCUAAGCAUAGAUCAAUGUAAAGAUGGAUGGAUUGAUAAUGGGCAAAUUAAAAUGUCUGGACAAAUAAAUGUGUAAACACUGUGAAUGAAAUGAAGAUACAAAUGCUUCCCGCCUUUUUUUUUUUUUUUGACCCUUCAAUAUUAAUCAAUACCUUCCUGUGACCCAAGGCAAUGUAUGUCUGUAACCUGGAAGUAUUUCAAUAAAAGUGAAAAUAAGAAAGCAGCCAAGAUCAAUCUUUUUGAAUCUGAAUGAUUAUUUUUGCUCUCUUGGGGUGCUGUGACUCAUGUUCGCAACUACUGAUUUAUGUAUUUUUAAAGUAGCUCUGCUGUGAAUUGUGUUUCU